AUGGACAGAGAUAUCAAAUUUGGCCCAAUCGCUACCAAUGGGUUUGUUCUCAAUUAUCAAUCUGUUGAGGUUUUCUUGAGCUUUAGCCACCAGGAAACUGGCAAGACUUCUAGCGAUCAUCGCUACAAAGCUCUGACUAAGGCUGGGAUUCGCACUUUCAGAGACCAAGAUGGAAUUUACAGAGGAGGGAAGAGUGGCAUCAAAUCAAGAAGGCAAUAG